AUGGUAGCAGCUGGUGGGGGCGGCCAUGAUGCUUUUAAAUUCGGUGGUUCUGGCGGUGGACUACAAGGUUUUGAUAGUGAUGGUAAAGGAGGAAAUCAAACCUCGGGAGGUGAUGGCCUUUAUCCAGGAAAUUUUGGAUUAGGAGGUGGAAACGGAGAAAGAACUUUACCCAAUGGUACUCCAGAUGGCAAUGCAGGCGGUGGCGGAGGUUAUUUUGGAGGUGGUACAAGUUUUGGCGAAUCAUAUGGUUCUGCAGGUUGUGGAAGUUCAUAUAUAAGUGGUUAUCCAGGUUGUAUUUCUGUCGCUGAAGAUUUCAAAAUCUUAAGUCCUAAAUUUUCCAGUCAAGCAGAUCCAUCAAUACAUUUCUCUGGAAUCAAGUUCGAAAACCCGAUAAUGAUUGAUGGGAAUAGUCUUAUGCCAGCUCCAUUUUUUGAUAAAGUAAUCACAAGAACGGGUAAUAUUGGAAAUGGCCACGUCAUCAUUUCAUCAGUUGAUUAUCAUAAUUAUCCUAAAAUUCAUACCAUUCCUUAUCGAGUUUUAUGCUCAAUUCCAUUGAAAAUUCCACCAUCUUUUGAUGGAACAUUCUUAUUUUCGCUGUUAAAUAUAUCUCAUGACUAA